CUAAUGUGAAACCAAAAGGGAGAUGAGGCAGCCACGUGGCCUUUCCCCAUUGAGAAUCCUCUCAGUGACUGUGACUCUCUCACUCCUUCGCAAGGAAGUUGCAACUUAGACUGAACUCGUGCGAUCCUUUUUAAGCUUUAGCUCUCCUUGUCUAACUGCCCCCAGGCUGCGCCACUACAAAACGACGUCGUGGGGGAAGAGAGAUAGAGAGAGAGAGAUGGAGAGAUUAGGUGAAGAGAGAGGCGCCGGAGGAAAGCUCAGGAAGCCGCCGUCGCGCAAGCCGCCGUCCACACCUUACUCUCGGCCACCACCACCGCCGAGCCAAGCCGGAGCCGAAGCAGGUGGUCGGCGAUGGAUUUCGAAGCUGGUCGAUCCGGCUUACCGGCUAAUUUCCAGUGGCGCCACUCGAAUUUUUCCUUCGUUGUUUUCCAAACCAGAUUCCAUUGAUGCCCUUCCUGCACCCACUCCUCAAAAUCACCAAGUGGAACAAGAUGGUGGUUGUGACGAUGGAAAAUGCGCUAUAAAUCCGUAUUUAUUGCAGUUUGGAUCAUCCAGAUCAACUGGAGUAGCAAGUCCUAGUGGGGCAGCUGAUAGAUUGAAGAGUGGUUCUAAAUUUGAUGGGUACAAACAAGAGAAGAAUGCUGGCCUUUCUGAUGAUGACAGGCUUUCUGAAAUUGAGAAGCUUUUGAAAGGGAAAAGUUUUUCUAGGGACGAACUUAAUCAUUUGAUGGAGAUAUUACAUUCUAGGGCUGUUGAUCAUAAGCCAAACAUGAUUUUGGGAGGAGACCCUGCUGGGCUUGUAGUAGCACAGGAAACUCCAAGAAUUUCAAGUGAAGAAAAAGAUUCAAAGAAAGCUUUAAAGUUGCAAGAUCAAGUUGGUGCUUCGCCAGUUGAAAUUGCAAGAGCAUACAUGGGGAACAGAGCAUCAGAAAUAGGCCUUGGUUCUAAAAAUAUAACAUCAGAAGAUGAAAGAGCAUUACUACAUGGUGAUGAAUCUGCUGCAAAACCAUUUAUACAAUCACCUUCACCUAAGCCGUCUGCAUGUUGGCCUGGUUCCAUGGCACAAGAUCAACAUGGUUACUUGACCCCACAAAGUCAAAGAAGCAAAUUUGGACUUCAUAACUUUCCCCGAACUCCUUAUUCUAGAACUAUUUUUUCGAAGUCCAAGACCAGGAUCACCCCAUUACGAGGUGAUAGCAAUCGGGGCAUGAACAUUUCAUCAACUCCCUUUCAGCAAUCACAAACUCAUUUAUUUGGACAGGUGAAAAGGAGUGAUGCUCUGGAUAAUGAUUAUGGAUCGGUGGGACCCAUUCGUAGGACAAGGCAUAAACCUCUUGCAAAAUAUUCUUCAGGAGGGUCUGCAUAUUUACGUGCUUCUGUAGAUGGUCCUUCACAGGUGAAAAAUUCUGAUGCUUCUGAAGGCAUCUUGUCUGCUGUCAAGAAAAAUAUGGAAAUUGGAGGAACAAGUAGCACUUCAAAACCUCAGUCAUUAUACAGUAAGCCACACAGGUCUGAGAAGGCUGUUGCUGCAGUACAUCCACAUACUACUGAGAUGGCUAGGAAGAUUUUGGAGCAUAUUGAUAGAAAUCCACCCACUCCUAAGGAUAAGACUUCAGAGUUAAAGCUAGUCGCUACAUGGAAGAAACCUGAAUCUUCUGUUGUAAGCAAUGCCAUGUCAAAUGAGCGUAAUACCUUACCAAAUUUAGGAUAUUUUGGUUCUUACAAAAAUAAAGAUCAAAUUGACCAGAAUAAUUAUGCUCAAAGGAGUGAAGAUAUAAGGAACUCUCAUUUUAAGGUUCCACCUCAGGACAGUACUUCUGAAGCUGCCAAGGCUGUAAAUAAAGGUGGUUCAGCUUCUUCAGUGACUAGACCAGUUUUGCCUUCUAUAUCUAUUAGCAAGCCUGUGUCAAGAUGGCCAUUUACUUCCGAUGCUGGUUCAGGGUUUACAUUCCCAGUUUCUUCCUCUGGAGUAGAGCCACCAACGCCAACCAUUGUGCCAUCACUCUCAGGCAGUGGUCUGCAGCAGAAAGAGGGACCUGCCAUUCCUUCAUAUAGUUUUGGCUCACAAAGGUCUAAUCCUGCCCUUGUAUUUUCCUUUCCUUCUACAAGCAGUGCUACCAUUCAUGAAGAUGCUCUGGAUAUUAAGUUCAGCUUUGGAUCUGAUGAGAAGACGCAGUUAUCUUUCAGUUCAUUCGAAAAAGAUGCUGUCUGCUAUUAACUAAAAUGAUCAUGUUAUAGGAUUUUUAUUUUCCCCUUAUAUUCAUUUCCUUUUCUUUUCUUUUUUUUUGUUUCCCAGUAGCUUGUACUCUCUAGCCAUUGUUUCCUUCAGUGGGAAAGGAGUAAAAAGAGCAGUUUGAAGUGGAAAAUGGCACAUUUAAUUUUUUAA